AUGGUGCUGUCGGCCAAGGAGACGCAGGAGAGCGCGGCGGUGCGCAUCACGGGCAACAACAUCACGCUCACGGACGCGCUGCGCUCGUACAUCAACGAGAAGCUGGGCAAAGUGAUGCGGCGCUUCGCGGGCGUCAUCGCCAAGAUGGACGUGCAUCUGACCGUCGAGCACAACCCGUCCGUGCCGCUCAGGCACAAGGCCGAGGUCGUCGCGUUUGCGGGCAAGACCAUUCUCCGCAAAGAGGUCCGCACGGACGACAUGUACGCCUCCAUCGACGCCCUGGAGGAGCGCAUCGCACGUACCAUCCGCAAGUACAAGGAGAGGAAGGAGGCCAAAUCGAAGGGAAAGGAUUCUAUCUCGCGCACUGCCGACGACGCCGCGGAGAUGGAUGAGGGGGAGGCGGACGACCAGUUUCAGGACAUCUAUCAGGAUACGAUGCCGCAGAUUCCAGCUGAGGCCGUCUUAUGCUGCGAGUACGUCGAUCAUCCGUGGUAUCUGUUUCGGAAUGCCGAGACGAAAGAGAUUUCCCUCGUGUACAAGAGGAAUCAUGGAGGCUAUGGUCUGAUUGAGCCUUCCAAUCCUCAAGUUGUUGACGAGGAGCAGGUGUAG